AUGCAGACUGCUUCUACAAACAUUUGUGAAAGACUGUGCAAUAAGUCCAUCUGUGGAAUUUCCUUGCUACUAAAUAUUCCACGGUCAACUGUGAGUGGUAUUAUAACAAAGUGGAAGUAACUGGGAACAAUAGCAACUCAGCCACGAAGUGGUAGGCCACGUAAAAUGACAGAGCGGGGUCAGCACAUGCUGAAACACACAGAAGUCACCAACUGUUUGCAAUAGCUAAAGACCUCCAAACUUUAUGUGGCCUUCAGGUUA